AUCUUAAGUCUGAACUAUUAACGUCAUAUACCAAUACAAGUACAAAUAUGAAAUGUAUUUCUUACUUAAAAGUUAAUUUAUAAAAAUAUAAAAUAAACGAAAUAUUGUUUGUUUUCUUACUUACUGUCUUACUUUAGACUUCAAAGAACACUUAUUCAAUGUCAUUAUCAAUAGAUGCUUCAACGAGUUGGAUGGAUUUCAAUUAUCGCCAUUUAAAUUUUAACUUGAUCGAUUAAAUCAUUAUGUUAUUAAAUCACGUUUAUUUUAUUUGCUUGUAUUUUUUGUCAGCUUCUCAUAAACUUGUAUCUUCAGAUAUUGUCAUUACAAUUUUAAGUCAACAAAAUGAUUACAGUGCUGACCAAGCAUUAAGCUUGAAGAAUAAUAUUUUAAAGCAAAAAAAAUCUAUUAAAAAUGCACAUUUUGGUGAAGUAUACAUGCUCCAUGAACAAUUUCCUGGACCAGGGAGUUGGACAAUUAUUCCAAUAAUAAAAUUAUUGUAUCAAAAUAAUGAACAUUCAAAAUGGUUUUUGUUUUGUGAAGAAAAUGCUUUUGUGAAUUACAAAAAUUUACUUUUAUUUUUGGAGAGUAAAAACUCUAAUGAAUCUGUUUGGAUGGGAUAUGGUGUGAAAGAUAAAUACCCUACAAUCAUUCAUCAUUAUGCUUUUGAAGAAGAUGAAAGCAAAAGGGUUACUUACCCACUAUUCGCCGCAGGAUUUCUGAUGUCUGUUGAACUAUUAAAAAGUAUAGUUGAUAAAAAUGUAGAAGGUAUUGGCUCUGACUUUUCAAUUGAUGCUUCUUAUGAGUUGGCAUUACUAGUCAAUCAUAAAAUUCAACAUUUACCUUUGAAAUUUUGUUUAAAGUUAUCUCCAGACUGUGUUGUCCAUCCUCUAGCUGAAAGAAGUGAAUGUGCACAUUAUGGAAAGGUGACCAAAGAUUCAAUUUAUUUUGCUGUUAAAACCUGCAGUAAAUUCCAUAACGAUAGAAUACCUGUAUUGCAAUCUACCUGGGGCCGAGAUACUGUUCAUAUUGAAUAUUUCAGUGAUAAACUUGACAAUACAAUACCAACAACAGUAUUAGAUGUACCAAAUACAGAAAGAGGACAUUGUUUAAAAACAUUGACAAUUUUGAAAUAUCUAUCUAAGAAACUUUUAUCAAACAAAUCAGUGAAAUGGAUUGCACUGACUGAUGAUGAUACUCUUUUGAGUGUUCCUCGAUUAGCAUCUAUAUUGAGCUGCUGGAAUGGUCAGCAAAUUGCGCUUGGACAAAGAUAUGGUUACAAUAUUCGAGGAGAUCAGUCUUUAGGCUAUAACUAUUUGACAGGUGGAGGAGGUAUAAUAUUUAAUGUUGCCUUGGUACAUAAAUUGGGUACCAAUUGCCGAUGUUAUGCCCAUGAUGCACCUGAUGAUAUGGUUAUAGGCAUGUGCUUGCAGUCUUUAAAUGCCACGGUGGUUCAUUCUCCUGUUUUUCAUCAAGCCAGACCGCAAGAUUAUGCUGAUGAAUAUUUGGAAUCUUAUCCAAUGGUAUCUUUUCAUAAGCAUUGGAUGAUUGAUCCAAUUGAAAUCUAUCGUCAUUGGCUAUACCAAGAUUCUUCUUUUGGGCAUGAUGAACUUUAAGGUAUCAAAUUAAUAAAUACUCUAACGCAAAAAAAAACCAUUUUUAAUAAAAAAAA